AUGAAGUUCACUACCGUCUUCGUCGGCGUCGUCGCCUUCUUCUCCACGGCCGCCGUGGCUCUGCCCUCGCCCGUCGGCGCCGAGACGGUGGACAACGACCUCGAGAAGCGGCAGAUGUGCAGCCCCUGCUUCCGUGGCUUCCGCAGCUGCUGCAGCACCGGCGGAAACUGCUACACGGCCAAGUGCUAG